UUAUGACUACGUCUAGUAAUGUUGAUAUUUUUUGUUUUCCUGCACAUGAAAUUAUAAAACAUUUCAAAAUUCUUUUUUAAAAAUGUUACUAACAAGAAGAGGACAAAGUAUUUCCAGGCUUAUUGUAUUUAAUUCACAAAAAAGAUGUUUUUCUUCUGCACCAUCUCCCGAACCGGUACCAUCACCAAAAGAACCUUCACUAUCUACGAAUGAACCAGUGAAAAUCGGAGUUAUUAAUCCACUUGAUCAUCCCGAUUACUUCAAUGUUAAGAGCUUAUUUACAGUUCGAGAUCUCUUUGAGGCUCGUGUACAUUUGGGACAUAAAGAAGGUUCAUUGAAUGACAAAAUGCGACCAUACAUCUUUGGAUCUCGAUUGGGUCAUUUAAUAUUUGACCUCGAACAGACAGCAGAACAUUUACGACGCGCACUUAAUUUAACUGCUCACAUUGCAUUACAAGGAGGAAUAAUUUUGUUCUUCUGUCGAAACGCCUUCAAUUCUUUUCAUGUUGAGAAAACAGCUAAAGAAUGUGGAGAAUUCUCCCACACAAGAUAUUGGCGAGGAGGUAUCUUCACAAAUGCAAACAUUCAAUUUGGAGCUGUUACUCGUUUGCCGGAUCUGUGCAUAUUUUUAAACACUCUUAAUACGAUAAUGACACAACAUACAGCUGUGAGGGAUUCAGCUAAAAUGAAUAUCCCAACUAUUGGAAUUGUUGAUUCAAACUGCAGUCCGGAUCUAAUAACUUAUGUUGUGCCUGGAAAUGAUGAUUCGCAAGCUUCCAAUGAAUUGUAUUGUAGACUUUUUAAAGAAGCAAUUUUAAAAGGAAAGCAAAAACGAGAACAAUUUUUGGCUCAGAUGGAAGUAAAGGAAGAGCAAGAAUGAUAAUUUUGAAUAAAAUUAAUUAAAUAGUCAUCUCGAUGUUACUUGCUUUUGUUUUGAUCUGCUCAGAAGUGCAAUAUUUUGGGUGCGUUCAGAAGUUGGAGGAAUUUCAUCUUUCACAAGCCGCAGUUCAUUCAAACAUUUUCCUUUAUAAGACGCACAACAAAUGUUUUUAGUGAAAUAAUUCUGCAAUUUUUGACAAAUUUAGAUAAAUUAAUCAUAUCACAAAACUACUUAUAAUAGUUACUCGAUAAAAGCAAUUUAUUAACAAUGAGAAAUUGCUUUGUACCGGGUUGUGAUGCUUAUUGCAAGAAGAAUCAAAUAACUCAGAGAAAAAUGUUUUUAGCGCCAGCAAAGUUGUUAAGUAAAUGGAAAGAAAUUUUACCAAAGAAACGUGAAUUUAAACAACAUGACAGAGUUUGCGAACGACAUUUUGAAGAUACUGACAUCAUUCAAUUCUGGGAGUCAAAAAUAAACGGGCAAAUUCAUUUUACUCCUAGAGAUAAGCCAAAAUUACGCAGUGAUGCGAUUCCCUGUAAGAAUUUUCCUAUUAAUGAAGAAUUAAUAAGUGAAAUCGUGGAAAUUCCAACAAAACAGAAGAAACAAAAAGUUACAAUUCACUCACAAGUUGUAAAAUCUAAAAGAAAAGUCAAAGAUUCGUCUGAAGACAUUCAAAUAACAAAGAAAAUUAAAAAUGAAACUGAGGAGAAAUUUCAGGAAGUUGAAGAUAUAUCUGUGUUGACUGACUGUGUCAUCGAUGACGAAAAUAAAGCUUUAGAGGAUUCCGUCGUUAUUAAAGUUACAAUUGACCCCAAGAAGUGGAAAGCCAUGGUCGAAGCUUUUGAGAAUCUUUACGAUGAAGCAUUCGACGUAACACUUCCGAGUCUCCUUUGGGGAAUUCACCGAGAUCCAGAACGAAGUUUCAUAGCAUUUAGUGAGUUCAAUCCAAGUUUAAUGCAAAGCUCAAAAACUCUCUACAUCGACAACAACUUCAAUUGUUCAACUUAUAUUUCUAACAAAAAAACUUCAGAGAAAGCUUUAGAUUUAGAGCAUUUGACAUCCGAUCAUAUAACGACGAUGCUAGAUGAAAUAGAUAAACAGACACUCAUCUCAUGAGAAUCCCAAAUAAAUUAUUAAAAAGUUCAAUAAAAGCCUUUUUAUCAAUCUCAAUGUCGAUAUUAUUCAUUACUUACGUUGCUGAAGGGUUCAAAGUUUGACUUUUCCAAUCCUUUUGUCUACAGGAAAAUCCUUCAAAGAUUACUUCGGAUUUUCCCACAGAUAACAAUUUUACAAUUUCUGAACAUUCUACUUACGAAGUAGAAUACAAUCGCCUUGAAGCAAUAAAAAAAUGUCGUUUAUCAUGAUUCUCUUUAUAAUAAAAAUUCUUC